AUGAUUCGAAUUAAAGAACAAAGGAAAAAUGCUUUUAAGAAUAGAAAGGUUUUUAAAUUCGAUGAGUUGUCUCAGAAACGUCAGAAACGUCAAAUUGAAAUUCGUCGUCAAAGCCGUGAACAGUUGUUGACGACUCGCAGGAGUUAUCAGGCGGUGGUCUUCCAGCACACCAGUAAUAUUUCGUGCAAUUUUGAUGCAAAGUGUUUGGACGAAGAUACUAUUGCGACCGCAACUAUUUCACCAAUUCAUCAGUACGGUGAGAUCUCCCCUAUUCAACAACUCGAAGAAAUAAGAUCUACAAACAUUUCUCCAAUUCCUGAUCUUGGCGAAGCAAACGCUCGUACCUCCUUAUUUCGCAAUCAACUCUCAGAGUUGGUUGAAGAUAUAAAUUCCAACAGCGUAGAUAGACAAUUGAUGGCUCUCACCAAAAUCAAAAAGAUCUUUAGCAAAGAAUCGGUUCCACCAAUUCAACAAAUUAUCGAUUGCGAAGUGGUCCCUCGAUUGGUGCAAUUCUUGACCUCCAAGAACACGGAACUUCGGCAUGAAGCUGCGUGGAUAAUUACGAACAUUGUGACCGGAAAGUGCGACCAAGUACAAGUUGUGAUCAACGCAGGCGCAUUGCCCGUAUUCAUGGAUCUUUUGAACGGCACGGAUAGAAAACUUCAGGAUCAUGCUCUCUGGGCAUUAGGAAAUAUUGCCUCCAAUUUCCGCGAGCUCGUUUUAAGCACAGGUGAUUUUGGCAACUCCUGUUUACGCAUUCUCAACGAAGUCACCGAACCUUGUUCGGUAUUACGUACAAUGGCCUGGACACUUUCGUCAAUCUGUCGUGGUAAAAUAUCCGAGGCCGAGUGGCCAUCGAUCACAUCAACCCUCCCUGCGAUAUCACAGCUCAUCAAUUACAAGGAUGACGAGAUACUCAAUAAUAUUUGUUGGGCGUUAAGUUUUCUUGCUGAUGGGAGUAGUGAACAAAUAGAUGCCGUGAUCGAUCUCGGAGUCUGCCCUAAUCUUGUUAAUUUGAUGAUGCACGCGCAUCACGACGUUCAGUCUGCUGCUUUACGAUGCGUGAGGCAUAUCGUCGCGGGGAACGAUCUGCAGACGCAGGUGAUUCUCGAUUGCGGAGUUCUCACAGUUUUGAAAACUUUACUCGUCAGCGAUCAAGCUUCAAUUCGAAGAGAAGCCUGUUUCAUCCUUUCCAACAUUACCGCCGGGAACAUUGAUCAAAUUACUCAUGUGAUUCAUGUCGGAUUGAUUCCUCUUGUCAUCAACCUACUGACAAAUUCGGAUUUUCAAACUCGGAAAGAGGCUUGCUGG